AUGCUCAACCUAGUCCAAAGAGUCUCUAAAUCGAGGAAUGCUGUAACCCUCAGAGGGUUCUCAACCUCAUCUCAAACCCUUUUGGGACAGAACUUGACAGAAAAAAUUGUGCAACGUUAUGCCGUUGGAUUGCCAGAUGGUAAAGAAGUCCAUUCAGGAGACUAUGUUUCUGUGAAGCCUCGUCAUUGUAUGACCCACGAUAACACCUGGCCAGUGGCGUUGAAAUUCAAAGGUUUAGGGGCCUCUAAAAUCAAGGAUAACCGUCAAGUUGUCAUGACUUUAGAUCACGACGUGCAAAAUAAGACGGAAAAGAACUUGACCAAGUACAAGAACAUUGAAAACUUUGCCAAAGAACACGGUGUGGAUUUCUACCCGGCUGGCAGAGGUAUUGGCCAUCAAAUCAUGAUCGAAGAAGGGUACGCUUUCCCAAACUCCGUGGUGGUGGCCUCGGAUUCCCACUCCAACACUUAUGGUGGGUUGGGUACCCUCGGUACCCCAAUUGUCAGAACCGACGCCGCAUCAAUUUGGGCCACUGGUCAAACUUGGUGGCAAAUCCCUCCAGUUGCUAAAGUGGAAUUGAAAGGUAGAUUGCCUAAAGGGGUAACCGGUAAGGAUGUGAUUGUUUCUUUGUGUGGUAUUUUCAAUAACGAUGAAGUUUUGAACCAUGCCAUUGAGUUCACUGGUGAACACAUUGAGGAAUUGCCAAUUGAUUACAGAUUGACCAUUGCCAACAUGACCACCGAAUGGGGGGCGCUUUCUGGGUUGUUCCCAGUCGACAAUACCCUCAUUGAAUGGUACGAAAACAGAUUGAAGAAAGUGGGACCAAACCACCCAAGAAUCAACGAAAAGACCUUGCAAGAUUUGAAAAAUAACUUGACCAAAGCUGAUUCCGACUCUUAUUAUGCCAAGACAUUGACUAUCGAUUUGAGCACUUUGUCUCCAUUCAUUUCUGGGCCAAACUCCGUGAAGGUCUCGACCUCGCUCACCGACUUGUCCAACAAAAACAUGAAGGUUAACAAGGCUUAUUUGGUCUCAUGUACUAACUCACGUUUAUCCGAUAUCAAGGCUGCCGCAGAUAUCAUUAGAGGCCACAAAGUGGCUCCAGGGGUGCAAUUUUACGUUGCUGCCGCCUCCUCCAAUGUCCAAAAGGACGCUGAAGCCUCCGGUGCCUGGAAAGACAUCAUGGAUGCUGGUGCCAUUGCUUUACCAGCCGGUUGUGGACCAUGUAUUGGUUUGGGUACCGGGUUAUUAGAACCUGGUGAAGUGGGGAUCAGUGCUACCAACAGAAACUUCAAAGGUAGAAUGGGGUCUAAAGACGCAUUAGCCUUUUUGGCUUCACCGGAAGUGGUUGCCGCGUCGGCAAUUUUGGGGAAGAUUGGGUCACCGGAAGAAGUGUUGGGCCAAAAAGUUAAGGAAACUAGCGAAGUUUCCAAGUCGAUAACCAUCAAUAAAAAACCAGAAGCCGCUGGUGAUGCUGCUGCUAGUAGUGCAAGUGGGGUUGAAGUUUUGGAAGGUUUCCCUAAGAGAAUCACUGGGGAAUUGGUUUUGUGUGAUGCGGACAAUAUUAACACCGAUGGGAUUUACCCAGGUAAAUACACUUAUCAAGAUGAUGUUCCAAGGGAGAAGAUGGCAGAGGUCUGUAUGGAAAACUACGAUUCCGAGUUUGGAGCAAAGACUCAUGCUGGCGAUAUUGUGAUUAGUGGUUAUAACUUUGGUACUGGUUCUUCUAGAGAACAAGCUGCGACUGCCAUUCUUGCAAGAGAUAUGAAAUUGAUUGUUGCCGGGUCUUUUGGCAAUAUCUUCUCCAGAAACAGUAUCAACAAUGCGUUAUUGACCUUGGAGAUCCCAGAUUUGAUCAACAAGUUGCGUGAGAAAUACAGUGGUUCCGAGAAAGAAUUGACCAGAAGAACUGGAUGGUUCUUGACAUGGGAUGUCUCCAGUGCCGAAGUGACUGUCACCGAAGGUCAAGAUGGGCCAGUGGUGUUGAAACAAAAAGUUGGUGAGUUGGGAUCCAACUUGCAAGAUAUUAUUGUUAAAGGUGGGUUAGAAGGAUGGGUUAAAGCCGAAUUAACCAAAGCAUAG